CGGCCCCGAUCAUCUGCAAGCCUCCAUACUUCUUACUUUCCAGUCCACGAUUGCAUUACGAAGGCUUCAAUACGGCGGACUCCUUCGACCGUAAGAUGGCUCCUCAAGUUGCAUUCCAGGCUCAAGCGGGCCCCCAUCCUUCGUUCAUCCAUGUGGCGCAACAAUUUACCUUCCAGCAACAACUUCAGAAUCAACUGGUAGCUAUUGGCACGAAUCCUACGCGGGAAGACAAUUUCAGGCUACAGGGCGUGCAAUGGAUUAACGAUGUUAGAACUGCUCUUCAGCUGCCUGUUCGAACAUACUGCACAGCAGUGUGGUACUUUCACAAGUUUCGCCUCGUCCAUAAGGAUUCCGAAUAUCAAUAUCCCGAUGCUGCCGCAGCUGCUUUACUUACGGCUUGCAAGAUUGAAGAUACAUUGAAGAAGUCGAGGGAGAUACUGGCUGCUGCGCAUAACCUCAAAGUUUCCGCUUCUGAGCAUUUGAGCUCAGACGACAGUGCCUUUGAUGGAUCCUCGAAAGUUGUUAUUGGUCUCGAACGGCUCAUGCUCGAAGCUUCAGGAUUCGAUUUCCGAGUUCGUUAUCCCCAUAAACACCUCAUCAAACUUGCACGAGAAGCUGGAUUCGAUAAGGAUGUUACAAGAGUUGCAUACAAUAUGAUGAUCGACCUUUACCGAACAUUCGCUCCUCUCAAGCAGAGUUGUGCCACUAUGUCAUUUGCAUGCCUUGAACUUGCUACGAAGGUGUUGGAGAAGCAGCAAGAGAAGAUCCAUGGCAAACAUGCACCACAAUAUAAGAAAUGGAGUACGAGACGGGCAGAAGUACUGGAGACUAUUCUCGAUUUGCUGGACCUCUACACCCACUUCCAAAAGUCUUCCAUUGUUGGACCUGGACAUAGUAUGGAUAAGUUCAUCCAACUCAAGAUCAAGGUGAAUCAGGAGGCUGGAGAAGGGCAAUCAUUGAACAGAUUUACGGAAUUCUUCGACCCGCCCAAAAUCAAUGGCUUUAGGUCGAAUAUCAAGACGCCAAAGACACCCGUCACGCCAGCUAGCCCUGCUGAAGUCCGUGUGAAUGGCAAAGACGCAUCUCCAGCGACUCUUAGUCCUAGAUCAUCCGGAUCUGGCAGACGAGGUAUCGGUGCCAGAGGUCAAGAUGGAACAGUCCGAUUCAUGCUUGAUGCCGAACAAGCCAAGGAGGAGAAAGACAUCACUUCCAAGUAUUUCACAGAGGAAUGGGAAGAGUAUGAAGUGGAGGUUGAGGAGCCGAUCAAGCCGGAGAAGGAAGAUAGAGGUCCUCGGCCACCUUAUCGUGGUAAUGGUCGUGAUGAUAGGCCUACUUUUCAUCAGAAUAAACGUCCCAGGAGAUAAGUAGGAGGCAUGGAGGAUCAUUGUUUGGCGUUGGGAGAUUGGGCAUAGGUUUUGGCAGGUCACACGAGCAUGGGUUCACGGAGAUGGCGUUCACGAUAGAUACCACUGCUAUGUAGAAUAAUACGGAUACUGUGAACAUCUGCU